AUGCCUACUGCCGCCGCGUUGGCAUCGUGCACUGACCACGAGUGGCUCACCAAGCUCUGCAAGACCUUCGGGGCAGAUGUGAUCAACCUGGAUGAGCGCCCAAACCACCGUCACGGAGGUGGCCGACCAUACCGCGACAAGAUUGACGACCUGCUGCAGGACGGUCUCGUGCGUGACACUCCCUACAGCAACACGCGCAGUAGACGAAACAAUGGGACGGACGCGCGCAUGAGUGGUGGCCUCCCAGAACAGCAGGGCCAGUCGGGCCAACGCCAGCGUGCUCGCGCCGGCGAGCGCGGUUCUAGCAGCCGUCGCACCUCGGGCACACACAAUGACUACAAUUUGUCACCAGGAGGCCCAGCAAGACACGGCCAGCCGCGCACCAACCCAACCGGCAGCAGCUAG